AUGCAUCUCGCGUUCCAUGUGCCUCGCUCAGUUACCCAGCUAAUCAGUUGCCAGCUUGAGCUUGCCCGUGGUCUCCUGGCUUCGAAUACAAGACGACUCCGGCCAACUACACCUUCCUGCUUCAACAUCACGCCAACCUGUUUCUCAAGGUCGAACUCAUCUACGGUACAAUACCAGCCGUCUACAUCUCGGAACAUGUCGCCCAAGCAGAAAAAACAACCGGCUGAUCCAAGGCCCAGUUCGAGCGUGGUAUUAAUUUCACCAAAGAACGAGAUACUUCUACUUCAUCGCGUAAAGACAUCCACAUCUUUCGCAUCGGCCCACGUCUUUCCCGGAGGAAAUCUAUCUCUCCAGGACGGGAGGUGUCCACCACCUGGAGAUCCAAAGAGGCAUGAAGAUGCGUCCUGGUAUCGCAGCGCCGCUAUUCGCGAAUUGUUUGAGGAGAGCGGUAUCCUCCUUGCCAAGGACCAAGGCUCAGGAAAAAUGCUCGCAGUGGGGGAAGACGAGCGCGAGAGAGGCCGACGUGAAAUCCACCAGAAACAAACUACGUUUUCUGAAUGGUUGAAGAAGCAGAAUGCUUCUGCUGUUCCAGAUAUAGACAACCUAAUUCCGUUCACACGAUGGAUAACCCCCAUAAAUGUCCCCAAGCGCUACACUACCCAGAUGUACCUCUACUUUCUACCUCUGCCUCUGGAGUCGGAAAAGUCCUUAUUAAGCGAGAUCCCCGCGGAGGGCGAACGAGAGGAGAUCCAAAUCCCAACGAGCGAUGGGGGUGUCGAAAUUGCAGAAGCACAGUUCCUACCUGCAUCUGAGUGGCUUAGGAAAGCGGCGCGAGGCGAGAUCAUCCUUUUCCCGCCGCAGUUCGUCCUGUUGAGCCUGGCUGCGCAGUUCCUAGACAAGGAGCCCCGGCAGAUAGCGCCUGAUGAGCUGCAGCGGAGGCGCGAGCAACUAAUAGAGUUUGUCUAUUCUGGAAGCCCUCCAUGGACUGAAAAAUGCAUCUCUCCUAAAGUUGGCAAAUUUGCCGAAGAUGGACGUGCUGUUCUGACACUGGAACAUCCUGGUCCAGAGCUGGAGGGGACAGAUCGCCGAGGGGAAUCGGAACGGGCAGUCCUUGUGCGAUUUAAGAAUGGAAGUGCUCGCGAGCUCAGUCUUGCUUGGAAGAAGGACAUCUUUCCUGGAAGAAAGAGCAGCCUAUGAUAGAAUAGAUGUUGCCAAUGCCAAGAUAAUUUUAUUCCG